AUGUUCGAACAGAGAAUCAGAAAUUUCAACAUCAGUUUCAACAUGUUAAAUGGGAGAAACACCUUCUCCAGCGGCGACCUCGUCACGGGACACCUCUCCUUCGACCUCACCAAAGAAACACGGAUCACAUCCCUCACCAUAAAGUUGAAGGGACACGCCAAGGUCCACUGGUCCACUGGAGGAGGAGGUGGGAGGAAAGGGCGCCGCCGAAGGAAACACUACCAUGCAAACAUUGAGUUCUUCAAUCACAAAGGCGUCAUCAUGCAGGAAAACUGCGGUAAGCGCAAAUCCCGAGCUCGUUUGGACGUUCCUUUACCACAAAUCUCUGACCUGGUGUUUUCCUAUGCAGCUGUUGGUGGGACGCCCAAACUUCAGCCCGGCACGCACAUGUAUCCCAUUUCACUCCAGCUGCCCCGGGGAGACUUUCCGUCAUCCUUCCGUGGGGUUCAUGGAGAGAUUUUGUACACCAUAACAGUGGGCAUCAACAGACCCUGGCACAUGUCCAAUGAUUUUGUGACAGAGCUGAACUUUGUGAACCACAUUAAUACCAACCAGCCAGAGCUGUGGGCUCCACUCUCAGGCUCUAACAGCAAAACUCUGUGCUGCCUGUGGUGUUCCUCUGGUCCUAUCACAAUGACCGUCACUGUGGAGAAGAAAGCCUUCGCCCCUGGAGAAACUGCUAAAAUAAUCUGCAAGUUCAGCAACGCUUCCACCAGAACAGCCACGCCUAAAGUCAAGCUGCAGCAGAGCCAGACUUUCUACACUCACAAUCACGCCAACAAGAGAACGCUGUGCAAAUCGUUGGCGUAUACCACCGGGGAUCCUGUGGGUGCAAACACUCCGACUGUGCACACCGAGAUCCUGCUCACUAUUCCGCCGUCUGCCUGCCUCUCCAUCUCCAACUGCAGCAUCAUUGAUGUUCACUACGAUUUAGAGGUCAGUCUCUUUGUAAAAGGUUCCCAUGACCUUACCGUGCUGUGCCCUAUCAUACUGUGCGAUACAUCUGCAUACACCGGUGCCCCAGCUUUCCAGUUGCUGUGCAACUCUGCCCGCAGCACCAUGGAAAACAAUGUUAAGAGCUUCUCAGUGGAAUAUAAUCCCAUCAACAAAAAUAAUGUUUUCUCCUGUGGUGACUAUAUCGCAGGGAAAAUUACACUAGAAUUAACAAACGAGUGCAAAAUAGAGGCACUCUGCGUAAAGCUGAAGGGAAAAGCAGAGGUGAAAUGGACUGAACAUCAUGGAAAAACGGUGGUAACAUAUCACAAAAAGGAAAAGUACUUCAGUAUCAAGCAGUUUCUUAUUCCAAAGGGCCAAGGCAACAAUUUGAUUGGAAAAGGCUGCCAUGUCUACCCAUUCACCUUGCAGAUCCCUACAGGAGACUUGCCAUCCUCCUUCCGCGGGAAAUUUGGAAAGAUCGUCUACACAUUGGAGGGAAAUUUAAGCAGGUCAAUGAGAAUGGACAGCAAAGCCAAGGCACCGUUCACCUUCAUCAACAAAGAAUCCUUAAAAAGUGACCCAGGGCUGAUGAUUCCCCAGCACAGUAUGAUAGAUCAGAAGAUGAGGUUGUUCACCUCAGGAGAGGUGGCCAUGGAAGUGAACAUUCCACACACAGGGUUCCGCCAAGGCGAAGGCAUACAGGUUGUGGCCUCCAUUCAGAACAAGUCAUCCCGUGACAUUAAGCCUAAGUACUGCUUGUAUCAGAAGUACAGCUACUUUGCAAAAGGGAAGAGGAAGAUUGAGAAAAAGGAUAUCCUGAAAGAGGUUGGUGAAGCCAUCCCACGAUCUGCAGGUCAGACUGUCACCAGGCUCAUCACAGUCCCCGCCACCACCUGCGCCUCCAUUUUAAACUGCAACAUCAUCAAAGCAGAGUACCGACUCAGGGUCUAUCUGGAUGUCAAGUUUGCAUCAGACCCAGAGAUAAAGUUCAAUAUUGUCAUCCUGCCAGCUUUGGAGGGGUCUGAUGGGGAGCAUCCUCCUCCUUAUUUUGGAUCUGAAACUUUCCCCAGCGUUUUUGCAUCAGGAGCAAGCUACUUUCAAAACACAACAGACUCUGUCCCUUCUGCUCCACCGGCCUACAUGUCCUAUGGGGUGUAUCCCUCCCUGAUUGGAAAACAACCCCCGGGGCGCCCCGGGCUGGGAGGAGGAGGAGGGCCGGGACACACCCUCCGUCUCCCGGCGCUGAUAGAGGUCCCGCUCCGCCCCUCCGAGCCCUCGCUCUGUCUGACUCCACCGAAAAACAUGUCGACCACCGUGAAGAAGCUGGAGGUUACCUACAACCCCAUAAAUGACAGCAACACGUUCACCAACGGGGAUAUCGUCACCGGCCAGGUCACGCUGGAAGUGGCCAAAGACUGCCAGAUCGACUCCCUGUCCAUCAAAUUCAAGGGGAAGGCUGAGGUGCUUUGGAGCGAGAGGCACGGCCAGGUUACCGUUGUUUACCACUCCAAAGAUAAAUACUUCAGCAUUAAGCAAUACUUCAUUCGCGACAAAAAUAUCAAGGAUGAUGAAAAAGCACUGGUGAUACACAAUCCCGAAACAUACUGCAGUGUAGUGGCACCUGGAGUCCAUGUCUAUCCGUUCACCUUUCAGAUCCCCUCCCAGGAAAUGCCCUCAUCUUUCAAAGGAGCUGAUGGUAAAAUUCAGUUCCUGCUUGAGGCGAGGUUGGGCCGAUCAAUGAGGAUUGCCAAGAAAGAGUCCACUAAGAUCAACUUUGUGUCAAAUGCAGCCAUAAACAGUGUAUAUGGAUUGAUGACACCACAGCACGAGUCUAAAGAUAAGAAAAUGAAACUUUUUACCUCAGGAAGUGUAGCCAUGGAUGUGGAUCUUGAAAAAUCAGGUUUCUACCAAGGAGAAGGGCUGAAGGUUUUGGCCUUCAUUAAGAACGAUUCAUCACGCGAGAUCAAGCCCAAGUACUGCAUCUACAGUAAGCACAGCUUCUUCGCAAGGGGGAAGAGAAGAGUCCACACGUAUGAUCUUAUCAAAGAGGUGGGAGCACCCAUCCCUCCAUCAACCUCAGAAAAAGUCACGCAGAUCAUCAACGUUCCGCAUGAUGCAGAGCCCUCCAUCCUCAACUGCAGCAUCCUAAAAGCGGAGUACAGACUGAGGGUAUACCUUGAUGUUAAGUAUGCCUCAGACCCAGAGAUCAAAUUUGAUAUAGUCAUUAUGCCUGCCUCACAAGCCUAUGCUGUGGCAUUGGCCCCGCCACCUGCGGCCACAAGCUUUGGAUUUGAACCACUCGGGAACCCAAACCCUCCGGUCUGGGGCCUUGGACCUCCACAGCCUCCAGCGGUGCCUCAGUUCUCAGACCAACCCCCUCCUCCCUAUGGGGCGUAUGCAAUGUACCCUUCUCUGAAUGAAUUCACAAAUAAAUAACAGUGAAGGUGCUGAGAAGGUUGUUGACCAUUUCAAAAAGAUUAAAUAAACGGAUUUUAAAAAAUCCUCUUGAUUAAUAAUGACUAGUUAUACUUGCAAAAUAUCGUCUCAUUUUGUUGAUGAAGUAUUGUAGUACAAAUAUGAGCAUUUGAUGGGAGUUUUUUCCCUUGCCUGCUUUGAGCUGUCGACUGAAAUAUAAAGAUGAUUAAAAUUAUUAUCAUGCCAUAAGAAGUAUUGAAUUCAGACUUUUGAGAUGUGAUUUUUUUAUUGGGAGUUUCUGGGGUUGACAAUGGUUUUGGUUAUAUACACUAGACAUCUACCAAAAUUAGAGGUUUAAUUGCGUGAUUGUUCCUAUAAAACAUUUCACAGGCUCAAA